AUGGCGGCGUGUUAUGUGCAAAAGAAUAUCACUGCUAUAAAAAAGCUUCCUCGAGUGGCUUUAAACAACAUUAGAGAUAUCCCAGAGGCGUUUAUAACGCAUCGCCGUAAAGGAAGAGGACCUGGCUCAGGGCGUGGUAAAACAUGUGGGCGUGGUCACAAAGGUCAAGGUCAAAGAAGUGCAAAACCAAGGUUGGGAUUUGAAGGAGGGCAAACGCCAUUCUAUAUCAGAAUACCGAAACAUGGCUUUAAAAACAAAUUUCAGAAAGUUUAUGAGCCUCUGAACCUAAAUAGACUACAGUAUUUAAUAGACAGUAAGAGAAUUAACCCUGCCGAACCAAUCACAAUGUACCAUUUAUGGAGAGCUGGAGCUGUAGGGAAGAUACAGGAUGGAGUUAAAUUACUGGGAACAGGCUCUUCGUGGUUCAAAACCAAGGUUGACCUUGAAGUCAGUAAAGCAUCGCAAUCAGCCAUAGAAGCAAUAGAACAACAGGGAGGUAAAGUUACCUGUGCUCAUUAUAACAAACUUGGAUUAAGAGUGUUACUAAAACCCGAAAAGUUUGAAGGAAAGUAUGUACCACGAAGAGCCCAACCUUCGUCCAAGUUGAUGCCAUUCUACACGAGUGUAGAGAAUCGUGGAUAUCUGGCAGAUCCAGAGAAACUCGAAGAAGCAAGACUAAAAAAUKUUAAGAAAUUUAACCCAGAUGAAGAAGUUGAUUAAAUACGACUUAAACUAUGG